UGAUGAGACUUUUUGAAAUAUCUCAGAAGUACGAUAUUCGUGUCGACGUGGUACUAUCUCGCCUUGCCGUAGUUCGUAAGCACAUGCGGAUCCUUCACACUCGUUUUCUCACGCCUUCUGACGUAGUACGAACUCGCAUAAAAAUCGCUUACUGUGUCUCAUUCGACUGAGCAGUUCGGUGGACUUAAUCUUUUGAAAAAACAUGCUAGUUGAAGCAUUUUGAUGGUGUAUCCCCAAUCCUCCUUACAACGUACUCUUGAAAACAUUGACAUUUAAAAGAAACAACCGUUGCGCCUUGUCUCUUCUUUCUCUGAGGUAGCAGGGUGUCAUCGUAUAGUCUAGGUGUUGGCAUGCUGGCCGAUGAUAGAUUCACUGCGUAACUGUGAACAAGAUGGGCAUUCUCGUUCCUCACGCUCAUAGCCUACCGCAUGGCUUUCAUCUGCUGACGCAACAGCAGCAUCACGACCAUUCGAGUACUACGUUUCAGGCGACUUCCUUCCACGGCGAACCCGAAGAUACCCACGUCAGGUAUUUCACCUUCGGCGAUGAAGCGGUCAACGCUAAAUUUGGCGGACGCUAUGUCCGAGUACAACAAUCAAACGGACCUGGCGGUUCUGGUGGAGCACAUGCACAUAAAUCCGACACCUUCCUGGGUCCGAUGCCAUAUUUGAUUCCCCGUGCACGUAGAACAAGUCGUGAACGAGGAGGCAACAUCCCUGACAUCUAUAUCGCUAGAGCGAAGGAAUUUUUCUCGAAGAGAAAUAAUUCCGAUUACCAUUUAGCAACGUGUGCAUUCGAGCGGCGUUUUCCAGAUGAGGUUGAACAUGAUAUGCCUGGAGAAGCACAGCCACCGACCUAUCAGUGGCGCUGCAACGAGUACAGGGAUCCUAAAGAGGUUUCCGCUGAAGCGGCGAAUACCAAACAAGUAGGUGGAGCGACUACUUUACCCUGGAAGUCUACUUUCGUGGGACCGCCUUUCCGCAAAGGAAUUUCGCAAAGGGAAGUGUAUAGGCAGACAUGGGAUUCGCUGAGGAACGAAGGGAGAGGACAGGCUUCCUCUUUAUCAGCAGAAGAGGGCCUUGGAGAUCCUGUCAUCGAGUCGUCUACUUCCAAACAACGUCCACAGUCCCUGACCGUAGAGGCUGCUACCUGCCACGAAGCAGAGAAACGAGCGGUUGUGGCUGGUUGUGGUGACCAAGAAAAAUUCAUCCCCGAUCCGGCGCAAGAACGGCGCGUUGGUGGUAAGUCAGUGGAACAGCAGAUCGCAGAGUCGGAAGCGAGAGGUGGGCCGCCACCAUGUUUGAAUUUGGACGCUUGCUUACGGCUCACCCUUAAUAUCCAUCUUCCGAGGCAUCCUGAAGCGGCUUUUUUCAAAUUGAAAAGGGGGCCGCCGGGAUGAGUCUCAAGAAGAUGGACGGGGGUGAGCUCUAACUCGUCCAGUCGACAAACUGCAAGCAGCACUGGAGCAAGAAGCAAUAGCGAGUGAGGGCAGAUGUUUUGUGGACGUCGAACUUGGUGCAGAUUCUUCAGUCGAUGGAGAUUCGGCAGCAAAGGCAAGUAUCAACGGUGGUGCAGAUUCUUCAGUUGUUGGAGAUUCGGCAGCAAAGGCAAGUAUCAACGGUGGUGCAGAUUCUUCAGUUGGUGGAGAUUCGGCAGCAAAGGCAAGUAUCAACGGAACAACAUUGGACAUCGAUUUUGGACCUCAGUUGCAUUCUGGGUUCAGGGACCCAAACUACGAUUCCGUAGUACGCGAACCCUGGGAAAGCGAAAAUCUUGUCCUCAGCACAGCAACCGCAGGAGGAACCACUUCAGCAGCAGACAAGCAACGCCAUUUUCUUAUCACUCUAGGACAUGCGCCAAGGAUGAUGAAAAACUCCCAAUGGCUUCAGGAUUUCCUACGCGGCGUUGGGCAUGGAACUAAGCCGGCAGGUUCGUAUGCGUGUGCACGAAAUGUAGAGUAUCAAGUUGACGACGGCGCUGAGUUUCUCCACCCUCUACCUCCAACACCGUUUGCAAUGAAGGAAAAAGCAGUGGAUCUAGUAGGAAAGGGUUCGGGAACGAUGAAAACAGCAAGGUUAGUUCCAAGGACGAAAGAUAAUGAUGGAGUGUCUGCUUUCCUUGAAUUACAGCAGACAAGUCCAACACGAACUCGAAUCACGACAGUACCAAGUACAAGUAGAAGACCUACUGGAAGAAGACCUACUAGAAGAAGUUCAACAACAACAACAAGUUCUUUUUACCUGGAUUGUUCGCACCCUCCGCUUUCUUCGGAUCAAGAAUCGAUCACACAGACUGAGAGCUUGGCAGAAAUCCGCUCCCAACGAUUGAAAAACCCUCCUAGUACUGCGGCAGCCGGCAUUUUAACCCCAACCUCUCGCCAGAGUCAUAUGUUGUUGCCUCGUUGGCGUGUCUCUAACGAUGAAAAGUUUGCCGCUGCCGGAACGGGUGGCGAGGUAGCCGAUCGCGAUGGGGGGAUGUAUGCGCUUCAUAAAGGAGAUUUUUGCAGGUGGUUUAAGGAUGAAAUGUGGCCGAGGAAAAAAGUGCUGUCCAGGUUUGUUGGUAGUGUGCGUUCGGACAGCGAAGAUAUGCAGAAAAAGUCUGGUGGAACUAUCGAAGCCGCAGACACGAUUCUAGACUCUAAAGUGUGCAAGAACGCACGUCCGGUACUGGUUUUUGAUUCGUCAACGACUGGAACGUGGUGGCGAUGCUGCGUGCACACUGGGUCAGAUCUUAUGGUGAAUGAAUUUGAGCUGAUGAGAUGUUGAAACCGAACCAAGUCUAAAGUAGCUGCGAAUGUUAUAGCUAAUGGGCACUAAGUAAAACAACCGUCUAGUAGUUUUCACCUCUGAAAUUCUAAGGCUAUCUGAUGCAACACUAACUAACACUAAAGUUAUUUGCUCAAGAAAAGUCUUUAGGCAACAUGGUGGCUUAUUUUUUUAUUUUGAUUUUUUAUUGAUGAUUUGAAUCUAUUCGGCGAGCUGCCUAAGAUUUCCCAGACGAGUUUAUUAUCUUAUUUGAUUUUAUUAUUUGAUUUUAUUUGAACGCUCCUGAUGAGGACUCUUCCUCCAAUCCCUGCAGUAACACUCUUCUGCACGACAUCGGGAUGCGUAGCAGCGCAGUUGCUGAAUGGGACACGCUCAGCUCACAUGGGGGUGACCCAGCUCACAUGGAGUGCGAGCCAGUGUCCGUUUCGGCGCCAAAACAAGUCACGGCUGACAGUGUCCUUGCAGAGAAAAUAGAAGCGGGGGAGGAGGAUGUGGAUCCCGCGACAGCUCCUGGAUCUCCUCCUGCUACUAGUGUGCCAACUAAAAUUAAGGGUAGGUGGGAGUUAAAGGUGCUUUUGUUACCGUUUUAGUUAAAGGUGCUCUCUCCCUUAGGUGGGGACAGCCAUAACAAGCGGAAGAACCCACAAACACCAAAAACAAAGACAAGGCAGAAGCACGUGAAUCCCUUUGCAACUUGUCCCGUCAUGCAGCAGGGAUUUUCCGGUACUGGUGCUGGUAUGACAACUUCUCUAAUAAAAAACAGCAUGUUCACGAUGAAUUGGAGUGUUUACGUAGGCGUUAUCCUGCUGACGUUGGUCUCCGAGAAUGCAGAAACGCACGCGACGGCGCUGAAGCGUGUAACUACUCAGACAGCAUUUGUGUGCGCGCGACAAGCUUUGACUCACUGUCGAAAUUAGAUGCUAGGAAAGUUGUAGAGGAGGAGAAAGCGUCUGGUGCAGGCUUGGUAAGUCGUGGUGCGGCUAUGGUGUCUUCGGCUGCUUCGGCAGCAUCGGCUGCAGCUUCUUCCGCAGCUUCGCAUAUAGACGAUGAGCUAAGUUCCUUACAAGGUGAAGCUGGAGAGGAUGAACAGACUCCUGAGCAACGAGCGCCUGUUGAACCUGCACCGCCUGCACCAGAAGGAGCUAAGGCACAACCUCCACCCCCUAUCCUAGCGCCCGAAAUUAGCAGAUGCGUCCAUCUUGGUGCUCCUGGGGAAUUGAGACCAGUAGAAUCGGUUUUAGAGGCGAAAAGCAGACCUAAUCGGCUGCUGGACGGUCUAAGAGCCUUAUUUGGCCGUUCUACACGCGAUCCGCCACCCAGACUGUGCGAGCCUGGAAGUCGCGGAAGAGAAGCUUAUGACAAGGCAAUGAGAGAAGAAAAACGAAUGAGAAAAAUAGAAGUCUUUGAAGAAGAGCAUGGACCGAUAAAAGGAGAGGAACCGAGUAAUGACUUGACGAUGCCGAUUCAACCUAGUGAGACGAGAUUGAAUUUGUACAGAAGAAUACCCUUUACACCUGAAGAGAAGCACUUUCACUAUGUCGUACCACCGAACCCACAUGAUGUGAUAUUCUUGUAAAGCAAGUGGUUUUAUUGUUGAACAGAAGAACUACACACAGGAAAGUUGCGACAAGGCAAGGAAAUUGAUACAAAACUUGAUGAGGCAAGGAAACGGAUACAAAACUUGUGUUCGAAUGCAUCCUCACGGUGUUGAUGACUUGCUAGGAUCCCCACUGUGCUGUACUACUAAGCUCGCC